AUGAGUGACAAGUUGCCGCCGACUUGCCGUAUUGUGUGCCGUCCCUUACAGUUUGCUUCACCAACCAAGGAACAACAAUAUCGCACCGAAAUCGACCACGUACAACAAUACAUUUGUGCUCAGCUUGGCGGACUCGAUGACGCCUCUAUUCAACUACUUGGUGUACAUGAUAGCCGCACACGCAGUUCAUACGAAGAGAUUCAGGAAUUCCUGGAGCGCAAGCACCAGUUGACACAGCAAAAGAAACAGCAGAGAAUGACGCAGUACUCAGAGCACGUGUUUAUUGACGAGUACUUGAAUGAGCUCGACCCUAGUUUAUUUCUCGAGUCCGAGCCGACUACGAAGGUAUCGAAGCGCUUUGCAGUCGUCGACCUACCGGUACACAGCAGCUACAUUCGUAGGAAACAGGAAGAAGCGAUGGCUGCUCGCUUGUGGACGAAGAACUUGACUGCAGAAACGGACUGCUGCACGACGAGCUUCUCGUUUGGCAAUUCUAUCAAGCGUCCACGAGUUGUGUGA